UGCAAGGAUUUCUUUUACUUGGAUUUUUUAUAGUGUGAUGUGGAUGGGAGAAAAUUUACUCUGAUAUUUUUGUAGUUGAAAAAACUCUCACUCUGUGUUUUAAGACGAAAUGUUACACUUUUGGGACACAUAUUAGUUUUAUUCACGAAUUAGUCUUUGGUUUUGAAUUCUCAAAUUGGUUAUUUAUAUCGAUUCUGAGAUUGAUGAGAACAAAAUUGGCCUCUACAAUUUUAUGUGGAUUUAGAAUUGGAUAUUUUUUGCUUAAGAUUUUGGUUUGAUUUGACACUGCGUUAUUACAGGCAUGAAGACUGUUAAGAAGAGGGUACGUCAAAAUGAGUAUUUCGCCGGCAAGCGUUACAGAUGUUUGCGGAAAAUUAGUAGCGGUGCGUUUGGUAAAGUGUAUCUUGGUGUAAAUACCCAAACUUCAGAACAAGUUGGUAUAAAAUUGGAAAGCAGGAAUACGGAUUUGCUGGAAAACGAGUAUAAUGUGUACCUUCAGAUUCGUGAUGGUAUUGGAAUACCAAACAUUCGGUAUUUCGGCAAGGAAGGAAAAUACAAUGCACUUGUUAUGGAUCUUUUAGGACCGUCUCUGGAAGGAUAUUUUAGAUUUUGUGAAAGCGAUUUUUCAAUUCAAACGAUUUGCUUACUAGCUGACCAGAUGAUAGAUCGCAUCGAGUUUCUUCAUUCCAGAGGUUUGAUUCAUAGAGAUAUUAAACCGGAAAACUUCUUGACAGGUCUACAUGAAGAUAGUUCUACUAUUUUCUUAGUCGAUUAUGGCCUAACCAAACCUUUUCAUGAAAUUGUUGCAGGAUUGCAAAAUAGAUAUGCAAGAUUCGACUGCUUUUAUGGUACGAUGGCCUUUGCUUCGAUUAAUGCUUUACGAAAUAUGCCGCAGUCUAAACGCGAUGAUAUUGAAGCAGUAGGAUAUUGCUUAUUGUAUUUUAGUAUUGGAGACUUGCCAUGGUAUACUAUUCGGGACAGUGACGAAGAAACGUCGAAAAUGGUGGCCGAUAGUAAAGCGCAGAUGUCAAUAUCUGAAAUAUGCCCUCAAAUGGCUUAUGAGUUUGAGUCAUAUUUUGAUUAUUGUAAAUAUUUAAGAUUUUCGGAGGAGCCAGACUAUAAAUAUUUAAAGUCGAUAUUUAAAAAGAGAUAUGAUUCAUUGAAUUGUACUGACAACUGUUUCGACUGGCAGCCCAAUAUGCAAUGGUUUAGUGAUCAUGCACCCGAUACGAAGAUGGUUGUGCAAAAGCAGAAGCCGCAGCCAAAGCCAAAACCAAAGGCAAAGCCGAAGAAGAGAGUUCAGAAGAAAAAAGUGCAAAUAAAAAAGGCACCGAAAAAGCCCUCAAAUAAGCCCUCAAAUAAGCCUUCAAAAAAGCCCUCAAAAAAAAGUAUUUUCUCAAUACCCUUUUGGACACGUUAACUUGCGAUUAUGAUAUCGCGUAUUAAAUAUAUCUCUUAUUUAAAAACUUGAA